AUGGCCAAGCUUAGUUUCGUUGUUCUUUCCACGGUUGUCGCUGCCUGCGCUGCCUUCACCACCCCAGUUGCCCAGACUCGCUCUACUGUCAUGCCCACCAAGGAAGCUUCUUUCGCCUUGAACAUGGCCGAAGACACCUACUGGGAGGGUGAAUACCCACCCUCCAAGGUAUUGGGACCCCUCAUGUCCAAGAUGCCUUCUGGUAUGCUUGGUAUUAUCUCCCUUGUCUUGCUUGGAAUCACCAUUUCUUCCUGCGCAUCCUCUGGUGCUCUUAUGCAAGAGCCAGGUGCCAUGGCCAACGGAUCCUGGGUCAAGCCAGAAUACGUUCUUGGUUCCUUCAUGGGUCCUUUGGCCUGGGGAACACAUGUUGCUGCCUGGAUCCAACGCAAGAAUGGAAUGUAA